CGCAAGUCUCCACGUCCCUAAGAAUCCCACCUCUUUUACCUUCAAAAUACGUAUAUAUUGAGACACAGCUUGCAGUAGAGGUUGUAUCAGAGAGUGUGGCUCCUCCCCGUUCAUGUUUAAGAGGGCUAUGCUCUGUCAGCGGAUUGGCUGUGCGGCGGCGGCCGGCGCGGUGUACAUGUAGGUGUGCUGCUAACGCAGUACAGCGCGCUUGCCUCUCGCACACUCUCGCCAGACCGGGGGAGAACACAGCUCCUAAGUGAGCUGUCACGUCUCGUUUUCCCCGAUGGCUGGGACUGCCGCUGUCCGCCCGGGCAGCCUGCUACUCCUCCUGGUGCUGUACACCGCUCCCAAGCCACUAGCAGCUGCGGAGCCGGAGCCAGCAGCGAUCCGUGAAGCCAGGGAGAUCCACCCGCCCUCAGACGUGACGUGGACGUCAACAGACAUGAACCACUCGCUAACAUGGCGGCCCGCAGAGGAUGCCGGGACGGGAACCACCUACACUGUGGAGUGCAGACUGGGGUCAAGGUCAUGGGAGUCCGUCGUUGGUUGUGAGAACAUCACUGCGCAUGUCUGUUUGAUGAACCAAGCCACGGACUUCAUGGGAGGGUGGACGGCCCGCGUCAGUGCGCAUGACCAAGAACAGUCGUCCGACUGGGCCGUCAGUCAAGAAUUCAGACCGGCGAAAGACUCGAACCUCUCCACCCCGCAUCUGGGUCUGGGCAACAUGGAGGUCGGCGUGGACGAGAUCACCGUGACGUUCAAAUUACCCAUCACCCCCUUCGACCCGGAAGGCCAUCCCUGGCAUUACUACAACGCUAUGUACUCACUGACCUGGUGGAAGAAAGGCGACAACUACACGGACACGACGACCGGGAAAGUCGUGGAGACGACCCUGACUGUCGCAGGUCUGCACCAGGCCACUACGUACUGCCUAACCGCCAUGUGGUCCAUCCGGGUUCCUCCCGACAGGCAUAGCGACAACAGCAAGCCCGUCUGCGUCACGACCAAGGAACGGAUCCCGUCUGAAGGACCAAGGAAUAUUUCUCUAAAGCCGCUCCCCAUCAACUGCAUGUCACCUUCUGUCCGUGACGUCAUCAUUUCCUGGACAAACAGUGAGAUUGCCGCCUCAGUCAAGCCCUAUGAGGUGAAGACGUACGACGUGAAAUGGAACGACCACGGCAACCCGGGGGAUCGUGGCAGCAUGGCCAUGACGGUGAACGCCACUGAUAGGUCCCUGAAGAUCACGUGUCUGGGGUCCGUGGAGGCGGAGGUGCGAGCCUGUAACACGGCAGGGUGCGGCCCGGCCAUCAGAGGCGUCCUCAAGUUCUCCGGCGGAGAGCACCUCGAAUGCCGGGCAUGGACGUCCGUGGCCGUGGUGAUUGCGUGUCUGAUCGGGCUGGGCCUCCUGGUGGGAGUCAUCAUGUGCUGCCGGAAGACUCACACUCUUUCCAAGGAACAGCGAGCCAAGAAAUCCAAACUCCCGAGUAUUCUGGAGGAGGUAGUGAAGGGAAGCGGGGACGGCUCCUAUUGGCCGGUGUCAGACAGGCCACGCCCUGAGGUCUAUGACGUCGUACCGACGCCUGAUGAGCUCUCCAAGUUGACGGACACGUCAUCGGAGGGGAGCAACAGCACCUCCGAGGAAGUCUUCACCCCCGGUACCCCACCCUUCUCAGACGUGUCGUUCCGGCCCGUGCAGGGGGCGUCCGGAGGGGAGCAGCAGACGGCCCAGCAGGACCAGCAGACCAAAGACGAGCGGUACAAGGUGAUCUGGGACCUGCCGAUGGGGAUGGGGAACAGGCGGCCUCAUCACGACUCCUCCUCCACCUACGUGUCGUCCAUCACCGACACCACGUCCUACACGUCCGAGCUCGACUCGCCGCAGCCGGAGAAGGCAGCCAAGGUGGCCCCGUGGAGCGGCAGCGGCAACGCCGGCAGCGACAACAGCUACGUCCCGCAGUCGCAGCUCAGCCAGCUCCAGCCAGCACCCCUCAUCGUCGCCCUGCCAGAACCACCCAACAACAGCAACGACAGCAACGGCGCGCCAGCCGCACAGGAGAAGCAAGACUUCAGGAAAUACUCCGGCCCGAAGUCUCCAUCCAAGAUGACGGCCGACCAGUUUCACGCCAAGUCCAAGAAGAUGCCAAAAUGUGCCCCGAAGACGCUAUCAGAAGAGAUCAGCGACUAUGUGUCGGUUGGGUAGAACAGGGUCAAGUUUGUGGUAAGUGCACUGUGGGUAUACAAAGACAUAUCAACUUUGUGUCAAAUGCAUAGAUCUAUAUUGAAAGAGAAAAAAGGAGAAUAUUUUUACUUUCUGGAAAACAAAAACGGAUGCUGCAUUGUACUUAAAGAACAAGAAGGAUAAAAGUGUAUGACACAACGGGUCAGUAUCUUAGAAAUAGUGUUGGUAUUUGGUUUGAGGCUGUAAAAGACUGGGUAAUUUGCUAGAAGGAAGCGGAAUUAUGGUAAUAAUAAGAAAAACCCACAUUGUACUUAGAGAUUGCUAACAACAGUGAAGUUUGUGGAUGUAAUAUAACGAUAAUGACACAAUUUGUAUUUAUUGUUGUUUUCCUCCCAAAUGCCUCUAUAAUUUGUUUGGAAAUAGAAUUUCCUUUUUCGUGGAAAAUGAUUUAGAUUUUUCUCAAUGGAUCAGACUUUUUUUCUUUCCACUGAUUCCUUCCAUCCAAAUCAUGAUGAUUUCUUUUCAUCCUCCACAAUUGCAAUACUGAAUGGAUUAUAUUCAAUAGACAAAACAGAAGAUAUUUAUUCCUGAGCUUCUCUUGUGCAUGUUUUACUAACAUGCAGUUUUCAAAGCAGGAAGAGCCAAAAUAUCACUGCCUAUAUAGUACAAAAGAAUAUAUAUAUACGGACUAGAGAUGCCAGAAGAAGUACUUUUUGAUUACGUAGAUGUCUUGUAAAAUGUUAAUGACGUUUAUAUAAUAAUAUGCAGUAUUUGGUGUCUCAGUUUGUGAAAUAUUCAACAGAUUGUUGUUGAAAAUAUUGGUAUCUGUGUUUUAUGGUCAUAUUGGCUGUUGUUCAACAACUUUGACUGUUGGUGUAAGUUAUGUAAAUGUUUGGAUUUUGUGUACUUUGGAGCACUCGAUGUUCCAUGGGUGUAAUGUUAUAAUUGCAUCGUUCUUACUUUGGGGAAGAACAAGAUAUACAUACAUGAGAUGUUUUGUAGAAUAUUGCAGACAUAUGGGUGUAACUUCUCAAAGAUAGACUCAUAGUAGAGGCGAUGCCGACUAUGUAGCAAAUGGAGUAAAACAUCGUUGUUAUGAAAAAGACCCUCUUCUAAUGAUAAGGCCAUGUUGAUUUGAUUAUAUCGAUGACAUCUG